UGUCAGUUCUUUACGGGCGCGGGAUCCCUGUGUCGCGUGGUUUCUAAGCCGUGACUCCCAUGAUGCUCUUCCUCUUUUCGCAGGGAAAAUGGCUCAAGACAGGGUAAAAGUACCACGAGUCCCUGAAACUCUCCUCAAAAAGAGGAAGAGUUUAGAACAAAUCAAAGCUGCCCGAGCCAAAGCCCAGCUUGCACAGAAAAAGCUUCAACAUGGUAAGAGGAAGGAGAUCUUCAAAAGGGCAGAGAAGUAUGUCAAGGAAUACAGACAGAAGGAGGUUGAUGAGCUCAGAAUGAAGAAGAUGGCCAAGAAACAUGGCAACUUUUAUGUACCCCCUGAAGCCAGACUGGCUUUUGUUAUCAGAAUACGAGGUAUUAAUGGUGUGAGCCCGAAGGUCCGCAAGAUCUUACAGCUCUUGCGUCUGCGCCAGAUCAACAACGGAGUGUUUGUUCGCCUCAAUAAGGCCACAGCAAACAUGCUUAGGAUUGUCCAGCCUUACAUUGCCUUUGGCUACCCCAACCUGAAAAGUGUUCGUGAGCUCAUCUACAAGCGAGGCUACGGCAAGGUUGACAAACAGAGAGUGGCUUUGACCGACAACUCCAUCGUUGAGAAGGUACUUGGCAAACACGGCAUCAUCUGUGUGGAAGACCUCAUCCAUGAGAUCUUCACAGUUGGCGAGCACUUCAAGGAGGCCAGCAACUUCUUGUGGCCAUUCAAGCUUAGCUCUCCAAAGGGCGGCUUCAGAAAGAAGACCACACACUUUGUUGAGGGUGGUGACCAUGGCAACCGUGAGGAUAAAAUCAAUGGCCUGGUCCGAGUUAUGAAUUAGAAACCCUCUGUAACAUCUGAAGCUGAAUAAAAUACAAAAUAUCACUUGA